AUGGACAGUUCCGUGCCUGAAUCUUUGCCGCCUUUGCCCGAACCUUUGCCGCCUUUGCUAGAGUCCGACUUCGCAGAUACACCCAACUUCAUGAACUAUGUUGACCACCUGCUGAAGAAGUUGGAGGUUCCCAAGGACAUGGACAAGAACUUCUUGAUGAGUCUGAAGAGGAUUGAGUUGGUGGAGGAUUGCGCAGGCGGGGCAGCAGCAACAUAUGCAAUGCUGGACUUCAACUCCCGGCUUCCCAUUCCAUGGAAGACCUUAUCUGUGUCUGAGCGAUGCGCCCGAAAGCGAGAGUGGAUGAAGCUUCACUAUGUUUCUCAUAUUGAGCACAUGUUCAUGGACAUGAAGAACGUGGCCUGGGGUGGGCAUUGCUUUUUGCACGAUGAGUCUUGCUUCUUGGAUGGAGAAAACGAGGACAUUUAUGUUUGGGGCCCACCUUGCGCACCAUAUUCCCGGUUGAACAGCAAGCGAUACUAG